AUGGAGGUCUCUGCGGACCUACCGCACGACACUCCUCCUGGCGAUGGAGCCGAUCCUGGUGGUCUCGAGGAUCGACCUUCAUUUGAGGACUUUUGGAAGCGCAACAAGGAGGCUCAUCAGGCCAAAACCGUUACUUUCCUCCCGAGCGCCGGUGUAGAUUCCACGCAAAAUGAAGUGACCGAUAAUGCAAAGUCGCGGGCGCAAGCCCGAAGGGCCCAAGUUAGGAAGGCCCAAAAACAACAUCGCCAGCGCAAGGCAAACUACACCAAGGAGCUAGAGAUGGACAUUGCCCGUCUACGAGAUAUGAUCGAGCAGACGGAGACCGAUGCGAACGCUCUGAGGGCCGAGAACGAGACCAUGAGGAAACAACUCUCCAAAAAUGCUGUGGCGUCGGGGAUGAUGAACCUCGGCGCGCCUGUUCCAAGAGCACCAGUACGGCUGCCGGCCCCAACAAUCAGCCCCGAAAUUCUGCCACCGGAUCCGGUCUCAAAGGCCGAGGCGAAUACUGGCACGGACGAGCCCGAGUACAUACUCCGUAUGGACAUGAGUGACAGCACGCCGACAUUCCGCGUAUCGAGGUCACCCAGUCCAAGUCUGGGAAAUAGGACACAAGACAUGUUCUCGCCGACCUUCUCCGCGAUGGAGAUGACCCCGACCAUGACCGUUGCCACAGCAAGCGUGUCUGACUUUGGCGCAUCACCAGGGCCAGUGUCUAGCGCGCUAACAGAGGAACAGACGGAGCUAGUCAUCAACUUUAUACUCUCCCUUGAACACAUUUGCUGGAACCACUUCGACCCGUCGCACUACAAACACUUAUCAUAUGACCCGAUGGACGCAGAGAAUGGACACGCGUUGAUGGCAUCGUCGAUUGCGCUUCAGCACGCAACGCCCGACAUCUUUACGCGCAUUGAUGCGGUCAAUGCCGUCAUCAAGUCGAAUCCUUCUUGCAACCCGGAUACGCAUGACAUUGAAUGGCAGUCCGUUGGCUUAUCACUAGAUUCUCUCUACGGCCUCGCCAUGACCUUGAACCCUCCAGAUCGUGAGCUUGCACCAGUACAGGCUUGGUUCGAGAUUGUCCAGAUUUACGGCCCUGACGUCGCACUUGACCGCCAGAUCAUCGAGGGCCUGACGCGAGGCUUCCGCGGCAUGGUCCGUUGCCUCGACUUUGGUGCCGUCAUUCAGAGAGAAGUCUUUGACAAUAUUGUCGACACCGUCGUCAAGUCGAGGUUCGAGGGUCUAACGUUGGGGGUCAGUCUGGGCACCAACUUGAGCCUAGAGCCUGACAUUGAGGACGCAGAACGGAUCGAAGAGGUUACAUGA